GCCCAAAAGAAAAGUCAAAACCAAUACCAAUCCCAUUAAAUAAAGCAGUUAAACCAACUUUCUUUGUGCACUUGACAGUUACCUACUUUGCUGAAGGAGCCAUUUCAACCUCCACAUAGAACUAUACCCACCCACCAACCAGCGAGAGGAAACUCCUUUCUCAUUUUGUCUAUAUCUAUAUAUAAUUCCUCCAAAACCAAGGAUAUGGCAUUGUCAUCGUGAGAGGGAUCAUUUCAGACAUGGCUUGUGGGUGUACUUCAAGAGCAAUGGCAGAGAAGAUUUCUUGGAACUGUGCUCUGUUUGUGGCACUAAUGUUGGUGUUGAGCAGCUGUGAGUCAAGCACAAAUGAGUUCAGGGUUCAGAUGCUGCAAAAGAAUAUCAAUAACAACAACAACAUUGGUUGUGAUGAGAUAUACGUGGUUCGUGAGGGAGAGACCCUUCACACAAUCAGUGAAAAAUGUGGGGAUCCUUAUAUUGUUGAAGAGAAUCCACAUAUCCACGACCCUGAUGAUGUUUUCCCUGGCUUGGUUAUCAAGAUUAACCCUUUCACGGAAAGAGCAUAGAAAGUUUCAAUUUGAGAUUGUGUAACCCUUGUUUCUCAUGUAUGUAACCAAACCAUUUACGGAUUGAAUUUCCAUGCAAAUUGCUUAUCUUUGAAAGAGUGGAAGCAUAUUACAACCAAGUGAUUAUGAUUUUUCACAUUUUUUUUGUUUAACAUCACUUUAAUUUUGUAUGAGAAUACACAUUUUAGUUAAGUUC